CACGGGAGUAAAAAUGGACAGAGGACGGUCAGGUUUCUUAUUGCACACAUAUAUCCCUUUUCUUAAAAUUUGACGACGACAAGAAUGAAACACUUCAAACAAACAAACUUAUGGGUGUCCUAGCAAUCUGUGACUGUGUUAUGAGUUGAUGUAAAGCGCAUGAUGUUUGCCUAGUCAAUGCAUGCCAGCUCUACGAAAGGGAAUGCCACGAUUGAGCUCUCAGUGGGCGCCCUUUUAACCUCCAUGUAUUCUUACAGCUAGCGAUUAUCGCGGCAUAUGGAAUUUAUAUAUUUUGUGUAAGGGGAGCAAUAAGUUAUGCAAUAAGUUAUGCAAGCAGUAAUUAUGAUGCUCAUCCAUCGGCGAGCGGCUUGGCGAGAUGCGGACUUGGGAAACUUUGAAAGUGUAUGAGCGUACAGCAGGCGCAAGCACAUUCACCGUGUCGCAAACAUGUCUGGAUCAAUCUGUCUGCGGUGCCUUGCCAGGCCGGCAGUGAGCACAUUAGAGCAGAGCUCACUACGAAUUUCAGCACAGGCGACAGCAGCUUUCUCGACAAGCGCGCCUUUGGAAGCCAACCCCGUCAAGAAGAAGGGUGCCGUCGUCGUUAAGCCCGGCCGCGGUGCUAACGCAUCAUUCAGCAAGCAGGGAAAGAUCAGAAAGGGACAAGCUGGAGGAAGAACAGGAAAGCCGCCAGGAGAGGGAGAACGCAAAGCGAUUCGCAAGAGAGUCGUUCUGUCCAACACCAACGCCGUCGAGGUCCAGGGACUUGACAACCUCUCUGCCACCAACAUUCACGAUGCCGCUAUCGAGGGUCACGUCAUGGGACUCAGCAAUGAGGUGAUUGACGCUCUGCGCGCAACCGAAGCUUUCAAGCCAACUCAAGGAUGGAGCCUUUUCCGAAGACCAGCAACAUUGGUACGCAAAGAGACGGCAGAGGUCGCUAGGUUGAUGAAGGAUGUCGAGUCCAAGAAGACUUCAGUACGCCGUGUCAUAUACGGAGAGCGUGGCUCAGGAAAGAGUGUUCUGGCUUUGCAGGCCAAGGCCAUGGCUCUGCUCAAGGGCUGGAUCAUCGUACACAUUCCCGAAGCCAAGGAGUUGAUCCUGGGACACACGUCCUACGCACCCUCAAACGAGCCCGGCAUCUACAACCAACCACAUUUCGCAGCGGCCAUGCUAGGCCAGAUCGCCAAAGCAAAUCACUCAGUCCUCUCCAAGCUGCGUCUGUCAAAACAGCACGACCUCUCCAUUCCCGUCCAGUCAAACAUCUCUCUCGACCGUUUCGCCAUGAUGGGUGCCCAAGACCCAGAUAUCGCCUCCGAAAUCUACAACGCCCUCUGGUCUGAAUUGACCGCACCCUCGCAGAGCGGUGAAGGCCUGAAGCGUCCUCCCGUCAUCUUCACUAUCGACUCCAUUGCCCACGUCAUGCGCGACUCAGCAUACAUGAACCCUGACGUCGAGCCCAUCCACGCCCACGACCUCGCCAUCGUGAACCACUUCUUCAAGCUGCUGUCUGGCAAGGAAACCCUCUCAAAUGGCGGCAUCGUCCUCGCUACAGACUCUGGCAGCAACAGACCUGGUGUCCCUGGCUUCGACCAUGCUGUCGCUCUCAACGCAGCUCUCGCACAAAAGAAGGACGCUCCUCAAUGGGACCCUUGGGUUAAGGUUGACCAGCGUACAAUCGACAUCUUGAACGGCGUCGAUGUAUGGCAGAUCAAGGGCUUGAGCAGAGAAGAGGCCAGAAGCAUCAUGGAAUACUAUGCCAAGAGUGGUAUGCUGCGUCAAACCGUCAACGACAACUUGGUCGGUGAGAAGUGGACUUUGAGCGGUGGUGGCAUCAUCGGCGAGCUCGAGAAGGGCACUGUCAAGACUCGCAUCUAGAGGAAGAACAUGUUGAUGUCAAAUGUAGAUGUAUUCUGUAUGUAUUAUUUUCAUCUUUGUAUAAUUGAACAAGGCUUCAAAAUCAAGGGCGUUCUUUUUUGCCUUGACCACUCGCUC